AUGCUUACUUUGGCAUUGACUCAAAGACGGACCAUUUCGAGCAUCCAAACUACGGAUUGUGGAAUUGCGGACUUCGUACGACUAGAUCGCUUCUGGUGUGAGAGGAGACUUUCGACUGUUGCGACUACUGUAUCAACAAUAGCUGCUCAGCAGCUUUUCGAAUAUUCCGACUAUUUCAUCAGCAGAAGAUAUUGGAAGGAUGAAACAGUCAAGACAAAGAAAAAAAAAGUGCAACAGAAUGAGGACACUUGA